AUGACAGACCAACGAAGUCAGAUAUCUGAAAGAGUGAGUAUACCAAGCUCAAUGACAGACCAACAAAGUCAUUUAUCUGGAAGGGAGAGUAUUCCUAGUUCAAUGAUGGAGCAGCAAAGCCAGAUAUCUAGAAGAGAGAGUACCCCCAGUUCAAUGAGAGACGAACGAAGUCAGAUAUCUGGAAGAGAAAGUACUCCUGGUUCAAUGAUGGGCCAGCAGAGUGAGAUAUCUGGGAGAGAGAGUAUCCCCAGUUCAAUGAGAGACGAACGAAGUCAGAUAUCUGGAAGAGAGAGUACUCCCAGUUCAAUGAGAGAGAGUACUCCAAGUUCAAUGAGAGAGAGGAGUCACAGUUCAAGAACACAACUCUCUGGCAGUAGAGCUUCAACAGCUUCAUCAUCAAAAUCUUUCCAUCACUCAUCCAAAGAUGGCACUGAUAGUAAUCUAUCGCCAGACAACCUGAGUUCAAGAUCCACCUCACAUAAAGCAGUAUCAGAAAUAUCAAGUGGCAGAUCUAUUAGGCAGGACAAGAACACUUCUGUUACUGAAGUCCUUGAUGAGCUUAGUAGAAGUUCUCGCACUCAAUCAUCAUCGACUGAUUUGCCAGCUGGAAUUCAACCAAGAGAUUCAUCUGUAGCCUCAUCUCAACAAUUCAGAUCUGAAAGUGAUGUUGCUUUAACUGAGGUAUCGAAUGAAUCUUCUAGAUCUCAACAGACUACGGUAGUUGGGAAUGAGUCUGAUUCUGUACGUUCUCUUUCAAAAUCAAACAGUAGUCAUUCUUCGCAAGCAUCAAAGAGUGCCUCUUCAGAUAAAAUUAGCACCAACUCAAAUGCUUUAAAAAGUACUCUUGACAAAAGUCAAAAUAAUAAUAUGACAAGUGCUAAAAAAUAUGCCUGGAAAACUGCAAAGAAAUUUGACAAACCUGGUACCUCCCAAAAGAAAAAAAGUACUAACUUAAAUAGCAAGAAUUUUCCUGGUAACAGAAAGAAAAAUCAAAUUGAUUCAAGUCAAAAUGCAGACCAAGACAGAUCUAAUGACCAAAUAGAUAAGCCAGAAAAUACUAGUUCAACUGCUGCAGCUGAACGAAAUGUAAAAAGUUUGUCAGAUGGUUUCUCAAAGAAACAGGCAAAAAAGUCCCAAGGAAGGGAAAAUAUUAGUGAAGGAGAGUAUGUUUGUGAAGAAAAUACUGAAUCCAAUCUUGACAACAAUUCUAGCAAUAAUAAAGUGGUUGCAUCUACAUCUAGGUUUUGCAAAGAUACUAUAAAAGUAUGUAGUGAAUCAGCUCAUGGAAUGCAGUCUUCAACAACAGACAAAGAAUAUGUUAACAAACUGGUCAAAUCUGAAAAAGUCUAUUAUAAUUUUCCAGAAUCCUCUCGUAACCUCAUAAACUCUGGAGAUAAAUUCAGUCUUUAUGGAGCCCUUCGAAAAGAUGGGAAUCGUUAUGUUUUCCGCUUAAUGCAAUACCUUGAACAGACCUAUGAAAACAUUGAUGGAGUAGCACGGCCAUUGCAAGGAAGGAAAAUAUUAAUUUCAAACUCUUACGUGUUUAACAGAUAUCUUGAUUGCUCUGGAGUACUUUCAUUCAUUACAAAGAAGCCCAAGUACCCAUGUCUGAAUAAUCCAGAUUAA